AUGGCAUCAUUUUUAACCGAUGUGUUAAUUACAGCAGGGCAAUUGGAAACACUCAAUCUUCAAGAGAAAAUAACUCAAAUACAGGAGGAAAUAGUCAAACUAAAACACGAUGUGAAGGAUUUCAUGGAUGUUAAUUAUAUUGAAUUUUCGUCGAAAUUAACAAAAAAUCAACGUUUAGUUUCGAAAGCUGAAAUACUUACACAGGAAAUGAACGAUUUACAAAAGAGAAUAGAUGAUCAGAUCAAACUAGAAUUAUCUGGUUCCACAAAAGAAUUACAAAAUCUCUCACUAGCAUUAAAAGAAUCAAACCUUUGUUUUCUACUAUCCAAGCAAUUGUUAUCGCUUAACGAAUACAUCAAAUCAAUAAAGCAGUAUCAAGAAGAACAACGAUACGUUGACACUGCCAAAAGCUUAUGCGCAAUGCAAGUAUUAUUGGAGAAUCCGGAAAGUAAUUUAAAAGAUCUUGAAAUAUAUAAUGUCAUCAAAGAGGAAUAUAAAAAUUUACACGAUUCAUUUUUAUCUCACGCCUCUUUACUUUGGGAUGAACGAAUUUGUUGGACCGUUAUAGAAGAUAAUAAAGAUGAAGCAAUUGUAACUCUUCACAUUAAGGAUAAACUAGAAAACAUAGAAGAUCUAAUUCGUGGUUUGCAUUAUGUCGACAAACUUUCCGAUCAUUUAGACAAAUUUUUAGAUAUAGUUAUGAAUCGUAUAAUUCAACCUAUUAUCAAUGAGGAAUGCUUAGUGUUCCUUUCCAAAGAAAACAUAUUCACGAUCAAAUACAUCGAUAGAAAAAAAACACCAACUUAUAAAAGUGUGUUGCAUAAUUUAAAAUUAUUAUUUAGAUAUCUUCAUGAAUAUUUUAACAUUGUAAUAGACAAUAAUGAAACUUUACUUAUGAAAAUGCAGCCACAUAUUUUAGAACAAUUAGCAGAAAGUCUUAUAACGAAUUGUAUAGCUAAAACUAUACCUACUUCUACUACGGAAUUAAAAAAUUUCGAACCGGUAAUUGAAGAGACUAACGAGUUCCAAAGUUAUUUAGUAGAAAUUGGUUUCAUUACGGAAACGCAAUUAUUCUUGAAAGAAUACACCGAUAAUAUUGACAUCAUUUUUAUCGAUAAAAUAUGCCAAGAUUUAAUGGUAAAAGCAAAAAAUAUUAUCAAGAAAGAUCUUCAUGAUUCGAUUAAACACAUAUCCGAGACUCCGUUACAAUUUCCAAACAAUGAAUUAGAGAGCGAAGAAGUAAUAAUUCACAGAUACUUAAAUGAAUCUUCUUUUCAACUAUCAACUUGUCAAAUAAGCAAAAGUGCAAAAGAAAUACUAGAUCUUGCAAGAAGUAUUUUAGACGAAGCUUGCGACAGUUUGGAUGCUUCCGCAGUCAGGCUAUUCUAUACAUGUAGAAAUAUAUUUGAAAUGUAUGCAGGAUUAAUACCUGAACAUCACCGAAAAUUUUUGGAAACAAUACCACAACAAGUCGCUUUAUUCCACAACAACUGUAUGUACCUCGCACACCAUCUACUCACAUUGGCACACGAAUACAGAGACAAGCUACCAGAAUCAUUGCAACAUCUUAACUUAACGUUUGCUGACCAAACACUGAUACUGCGUAAUGUGGGUUCCGAAUGUUUUCUAGAGCACAUGAGAUAUCAGAGAAAUAUUAUUAUAGAUAUACUUAAAGAGUCAGGUUUAGCGGUGCUAGGUCAAGUCUCAGAAUUACCUUCAUCAACCGAACGUGCACUAAGACAAUGUAUCAGACAAUUGGAAUUGUUGAAGACUGUCUGGUUGGAUGUUUUACCUAUCAAUGUUUAUUGUAGAGCUGUAGGAUGCAUCACUAAUUCCAUGAUCGAAGAUUUAAUAAUAAGAGUUAUAUCCGUUGAAGACAUACCUGCCGAUGUAGCCUCUGACUUGGUGAUAAUGUUCAAUAUGGUAGCAACACGAGCACCAAUGAUAUUUCCAAAAUCUGACGAGAUAUCACAAUAUGUACGAAAGUGGAGAAAAUUUGUAGAACUUAUUAAAGUUCUUGGUGCAUCAUUAAAAGAAAUUGAAAUUAGAUGGGCAAGUGGGAAAGGUCCUCUUGCAAAAGAAUUUACAGCUAUUCAAGUAAAACAACUUAUUAGAGCAUUAUUUCAAAAUACAGAAAGAAGAUCAGUUCUCUUAGCUUCUAUCAAGUAAUACAAUACUGUAUUAAUAUGUUAUUAAUAACCAGCGGAAAGAGAA